UCCUAUUCCAAAAACAUAGUGGCAAUGUCUUCAACAUAUUAAGAUAAAUCAAAGUGAAGACUUCCCAAGUAGUUUAAAACUAGAUUACACGGUGCACUUUGUAGACAAGCUCCACAAUUUGCAGUCUAUAGAGAUUUGUGUUGGAGUCUUAUUUUAAAUGUUAAAGCAUACGGACGCUAAACCUAUGACACCUCUAGUGAGCUCGAACCGGUGCUGCAGAUGGGCGGCAUAGGCAGGAAUUUGUAUCUCAAUAUGUUGAAUGGAACAGACGCGCAAAGUUUCGCCAAAGACGCAGAACUGAACAGCCACCUGCACCGAAACCGCGACUUACCGGACUUCAAAAUGGGCAUCCAAGACACGAGGUUUUACUACCAGGACUCGAUUCCAAAUGGACAGGACAGUUUGACGUUGCCGUUCCACGCUGAACACCACCAAAGCGCCGGAGCGCAUACGGGGAGGUUUUACGCACCGGCUCCGCUCGGCAGCUGUCACUUCACCAGCCGGAGCGGGACGGGACAUACUUACGUUCCAGCCGGAGCCGACGCGUAUUCUUCAGCCAACGGUAAAGACUUGUACCCGAGCAGCGCAGACGGUUACCCGGCGUCUUUUCAGCACGGGUAUCCGCGAGCACCGAUGUACUCUUUACCUGGUCUACAGGUGUCUGGGAAGACUCAAGUGCUCCUCAACAACUACCCGCUGUGGGCAAAGUUCCACAAGUACCAAACAGAGAUGAUCAUAACGAAACAAGGACGGAGGAUGUUCCCUUUCCUCAGCUUUAACAUCAGCUCAUUGGACCCCUCGGCUCAUUAUAACAUAUACGUGGACGUGGUUCUUGCAGACCAGCAUCACUGGAGGUACCAAGGAGGCAAAUGGGUCCAGUGCGGCAAGGCAGAAGGCAACAUGCCAGGAAACAGAAUGUAUAUGCACCCAGACUCUCCCAACACUGGGAAUCACUGGAUGAGACAGGAAGUUUCCUUUGGCAAACUGAAACUUACCAAUAACAAAGGCAGCUCUAAUAAUGUAGCACAGAUGAUAGUGCUGCAGUCGCUCCAUAAGUACCAACCACGUCUUCACAUCGUGGAGGUGAAAGAGGAUGGAACGGAGGAUCCCUUUCUGACCUCGAAAACUCAGACGUUUGUCUUCCCUGAGAAUCAGUUCAUUGCCGUCACUGCCUACCAGAAUGCAGAUAUCACUCAGCUGAAAAUAGAUCAUAACCCUUUUGCUAAAGGUUUCCGGGACAAUUAUGACACGCUCUAUGCACCUCCUGACUCAGAGCGCCUUACGCCUUCCCCAACCGAGAGCCAGCAGCUCCUCCCAGGCAGUUGUUACCCUCACCAGCCGUACCUGUCUGAUCAAUACAUGAGCCCCCUGCCUCAAAGUCGUUUCUACAGCCGUGAGCCGGUCAGCAUGACCCAGCAGUGCCCCAAAGACCCUGCCGCCAGCCCUCACAGCCGCUUUUACCUGCCCAGCCAGCAGGGGGUGCCGCCAAACCGCCUCGACUUCAACGCAUACGAGAGUGAAUAUACUUCCAACAAUCUCUACAAGCCGUUUCCGAUUCAGACAUCCCCGCACCACCCUCUGGGCUACUACUCUGAAAGCCCCUUCGCUUCCGGGCCGGUUUCUGGCGCCAACGCAGGAGCGUGGAGCUCAGGACGACCCUCACCGCAGUACCUUAAUCACCCACACCACAGUAAACCCGGGUCUAGUCUCGGCUGGUUCCGAACCAUCUCGUCCCCAGCCGCAUCUUCGUCUCCCUCAGUGGUGAAUUCACGCUUCCAUUCCUCCCCGUCGCUCCUGGAUCCCCAGCGCCAGCCACUGCUCCAAGACAAGUCUAAAGAGUCUGGGGAGGACGCCUGGAUGGAAGCCCCCUCAGUUAAAUCAGUGGACUCAGCUGACUCAGGUUUGUUCGAGGGAGGAGAGAACAAGAAGAGGCGCGUGUCGCCUUACACAUCCAGCACGGAAAAUUCCCCUCCCAACCGCAGCGCAGAGGCUUGCGAAAAGGACAAUUGCAGUGACGCGGGCUACUACGGCUUCUACACCCACUGAAGACCAGCACUCAGACUGUGCUCCUGCUGUCUUCCACCCACCGUCUGUCUGCAUGACCCAAGACGCAGGGAUCGAGCUCUCUGAGAUAGUAGCUACAGUGCCAGGUGUUAGGUGGCCCCUCUGUGCUUUGUGUUCCCUGUGUUAGAUGUUUGGGGGUCAUGUUGAGGUGUUCUGAAGGUCACUGUCACACAAAAGAUGAAGACGAUGUGACUGCGCUGAGACACUGGCCUGGAGACACACAGACAGACAGACCUGUGUGACUUUAGCAGCUGAAGAUUUCACAGCACACCUGCUGACACUCCCCCAAAGGAACUGUCUCCGUCCCCCUCGUCAACCACACACAUGAAAACACCUCACAAAACCCACGCGCCACAAGCACGCUCAAACAAACAAUCAAAUUGUUUUCAUCACAUUCACAGCCAUCUUGAAAAACGUUGGAAUUAGAGGUAUAGUUCACCCAAAAAUGAAAAGUCCGUCAUUUAACAUCUUCAGAUCGGUUGCUCUGUCAUUGGAAAUAACAUCAGAAAUUUACAUAUUAAGCAGAAGAUUUAUAUUUAAACAGAGUAAUGUUGCAUGCACUUGAGUGCUGCAUAACAAUUUAGCACAAUACAGAUUUAAUACAUUGUGCAUUUGAAUGUGAGCCUUCAUUACAGUGCAACAUUUCUGUGUCCAGUCAAUCCUAAAAUGCACCCCUACAGGGAGCACAAUCAAUAAGCCCAUUAAAGCCCAGGCCACUCAGACAACACAUGCUGGAAAUAAAAUAGCCAUGAUGUCUAACAGAGCAUGGUUGUAUGCACCAGCUGGAAUUCCAUCCUUUAAUAGACAGACAUAAUAAAGCUUGAUAGAAUGCGCAAGUUAUUAUAUAUGUGGUUAUAUUAAUUUUCAAUUCAAAAUUUUGGGGACUGAAAGAUUUUUUUUAAAGAAAUUUGUACUUUUGCAUCAAAGACUAAUAACAUUGUUACAAAAAAAUGAAAUGUAGUUCUUUCAAACAUUCAAAAUUCUAUUGUGGUUUCCACAAAAAAUAUAUUAAGCAGCACAACUGUUUUCAACACAAAUGUUUCUCAAGCAGCAAAUCAUCAUAUUAGAAUGAUUUCUAAAGCAGUAUGAGACAUUGAAGACUGAAGUAUAGCUGCUGAGUAAUUCAAAACAAAAUGACUGUUUUUACUGUGUUUAGAAUCAAAUAAAUGCAGCCUUCAUGACUAUAAGUGAUUUCUUUUUGAAAUAUUACAAAAAUCUUGAAACAAAAAUGCACUGCUUCAGAUAAACACAAAAACGGACAGCUGAAGGUUAAUAAAUUUGAACUUACAACGCAAAACUGAACCUUGAGACCUGCAGUAAUUCUUUCCUGAUCUCGCUUAAGUUUUAUGAUUCUGAAAAAAAUUAUUUUUACUUUUCGUACUGUACAAGUAAACCCGGCAACUCACGUGACAACAGUUGUUUGAGACAGGGCCUUGUAAUUCUCAUAUCUCAUAUAUGUAAUUCCCACAAGUUAGGAUAAACACACUAGUGUCAAUCUGAUGACCUGUAACAGGACAUACUUAAACCAACAGCAUCGUGUCUUGAGGCGUUGCACAUGACGGUAUACAGAUAGACAGGGUGGAAAAAUGGACACCUGGCAGGGGCUUCAGACUGACUAUACAUCAUCUUUAUUCAAACAACAGAGUAGCAUGCAGACAGCCCACACACAGACGUCAGUGACACAGAGGAAGAAUGAGCCUUCAGUCUAAGCCUAUCAGGCACCGCUGGCAUUCAAAGGUGAGAAUGACCUCAGACAGAUAAGUGGGUGACAAGAUGCCACUGCAGAAGACAUACACAGACUUCUGGGACACACUGGAAACCUGUGAACUCAGAACUGUUCAUUUAUAGAAGCUUUCUGCAUCUUCUGAUCACAAUUAUGCACACGGACACUUGCAUAUAUGGUCUGUGUCCUAACAUGCAACCAUCGUAAAAUAGAACAAUUAAAAAUGAUGACUCUUCGUUAAAAUGCAUUGCCAUCCGUGUUCAUAGAAGUUUCCGAGAAAUUGUAAAGUGCUGCAAAAACCAACAUGGUAUCAAUAUUCUGUGGCCACUCUGUGAUCACAAGUUUUUUUUUUUUUUUUUUUUCUAAAGUCAGCAAACUGACUCUAACUGCCUCUGUUUAUUUUUUCAUACAUGUAUUUUGAUGCAAAAGCAAACAAAACAAGAGUAAUAUGGUUAAGACUACAUUAUGUUAAAAUGCCAUUGCCUUAGUUAUUUAGCUGGGAAAUUUGUAAUAUUUCACAAUUGCAAUUCAUUAAUUUGCUUAUGGGUUUAUUAAGGUUAGUUAUUAAAAAUUUGACAAUGAUAAACAAAAAGCAAAUGGCUGCAAGAGAUAGCAGCAAAUGUUAUUUAACUGACAAUCAACGUUAAAGAACAAAUUUGUAUUUUAAAGUGCAAUUAAAGUGUUUCUAUGUUAAUUUAAAAGAUGCAUAAUUAAUGUUCAUGUUUGGUUUCUUUUUAUACACUGAAAUGCACUGAAACGUUUCUUACUGUUGAUGUGCACUGAAAAUAAUGAACAAAUUGUCUGUUGUUGUCAUAUUAGCAGUCAAUCCAUGUUUUGGCUGACCCCUGGUGGACAUUAUGCUCCUCAUAUCUUUGAGUGUCAAUAGCAGGAACCUAUUUAGGUUAUUCUCUCUGGCACCAUCCUUGUCUAUCUGUUAAAAGCAACAAUUUAA